AUGUAUCAACAGAAGUCUAUAGAUUGGCUCGAUCUUGGCAUUCGCGAUGACUCUCGGCCCGUUCUUUUUGACCACGGUCGGCUAGAGCAAAUCGCUUCCGAGCUCCCUGGAGCGGGAAAACAAAACCCUUCUCUACGCGUGUUCCUGGGAAAAAGGCUUAAGGACAAAGCCCUCCAGCAGCUUUACCCUAGAAACAACGUGCGUAGGUACGAUUCAAACGCCACUAUUAAGCUGCGGUACGAUAUAGCUACUUGUGACUCCCAUGUUCCUGUGCUAUUUGCAGACAGCAAGAUACCCCAGGCUACGGAUCUAUCUCCUCUCAAAAAGCUCCAGGUUGGCUCAGGAUAUCCGAUUACUUGGCCGGGGGAUUCUCGCCAACGGAUCCUAACGCAUAUCUGGGGACGACUGAUCUUUAUGUUCGCUGAGAUUGUAUGCAUUUUUUUGGACGACUUUGCCGAGUUAUCUGGAGUAAUUGGCUUUAUAGAGGGAUGCUUCAAGGCUUCCUUGGGCAAUUGUUCUAUUCGCAUGACGUGUCCACGAAUAAUUGUCGUUUAUAGUGCGACAGAUGACAAGAAGCAUGAGUUUCGUGGAAGAAUUGAUGAGAAGCUCAAGGACAUCAAGCUUGAGACUUUCGUGAGUUUCAAGGUAGUAUACAUUGAUGAGGACUUAUCGGAUAUAGCGAGAUACCAGCAUCUGAGAGCCAUUGUAGCUGAGGGCCUGAACGGUACGGUAUCCCUGCUUGAAGGGAAUCAAUAUAAAGCAAGCACUUUACAACUCGCUAUAUUGUUCCGCAAGGCCCUCAGGCACACAGUGACAGAUGUUGACAAUCUGUUUGACCUGGCCAGAGCAGUGCGAGAGGAAAGACCUGUUAGCCCCUAUCUGGGGGAAUAUCUGUUUCGUUACUUCGAUGCUGGCAAACAAGCUCGAAUUCGACCGCGGGAUCUCGCGUCAUCUAUUGCUUCUGCAGCCUUGAUGGAUCACUACGUUCCAGGAAUGCUCAGAAUCGCCCCCGAAGAUAUCUUCAGAGAUUUGUACGGAUCUGCUGUAGAUAAGGCCUGUGGCGAAGCAAGAUCCCUUUGGCCACUACAAUCUCCCAACGAACUCUUUGAUCUCAUUCAAAAAUUCUUCGUUCAUUUCUUUCAUUAUAUGGGAAAAAAUGCCUGUUCGUCGGUAGAGGUUCGCAAAGAGGAAAUGAUGGUACAAAGUGGGAGACUAAGUGGUCUGCGAAGUAACGAGAUAUGCUUGUAUUGUCUUACUGCAGCUGCCCAACAUGUCUUGGAGUGCGGUCACACUUUAUGCGAUCGUUGUGCUCAGCUCUUUGGUAAACCGAGUAAUGGCUCGGACCAUCAGUUUGUCGUUGAGCGCUGUCUGUGCUGCUUGUAUCAAAGGGCUGUCAUAAUUGAUGUUCAACCUCGGACUGCGAGUCCAUCAAUCCUCUCGAUUGAUGGCGGAGGCGUGAGAGGGGUAAUUCCUCUGGAGUUCCUUAUGCUUGUGGAGGAGCAUCUCUAUCCUUGCAAGAUACAGGACGUCAUUGACCUCGUAAUUGGCACUAGCUCAGGUGGCCUCAUAAUACUUGGACUAUUUGUCAUGUCAUGGGAUGUUGGGAAAUGCUCACAGACGUUUGAAGACCUUGCUCGACGGAUCUUCCGCGAACGCCGGCACUCUCCCCUCCUCCGCCUCCUCAGCCACAUGCAUGGCGAGACUCUUCUUGGGGAAACGGCACGCUGGAUACAAUGGCUUUUUCGCGAUAGCUGCUACGAUAGUCGAGCUUUUGAUACAGCUCUCCGCGAGGUGUUCGGCGAGGAUCGUCGUCUUUUUGGUAAUAGUGGCACUGUCGCCAAAGGGAUAUUACGCUCAGGUCCAAAGGCCGGCGUUAUCACCACCAGCAUAUCCAGGAAGACUGGUACUUUUGUGAUUGGGAAUUUUAACGUUAUUCCUGAUUCGGACAUGCAAUACGGUAAUAAAAUUUUCCUCAAGGCAGCAAGAGCAACUGCGGCUGCCCCCUUUUAUUUUACACCUGUCGAUCUACAAGGCAUUGGCUCGUUUCAGGAUGGGGGCCUAAAGUAUAAUUUUGCAGGGGAGAUUGCCACCCAGGUCCGCGAUCGCAUCUGGUCACAAAGUACAGGAUCGACAAGACUACUCUCUUUAGGGACCGGAACGGCUAACGACCCGGAUGAUCAAACUCCCUAUUUCCGCAAUAUAUUCCGAGACAGUUUUGUACGCCGGGGUUUCGAUACGUGGAUGUCCUCAAUGGAGACAGAAAAUGACUGGAGAAAGUUUAGAAAUCAAGAGAGGGAAACAUUCAAGCCUGAGUCCCGCAGACUGAACGUGCCGCUGGGAGAUUUGCCUAGUGCUCUUGACGAUGUAGGUAAGAUAGAUGAAUAUCGGAACAAAGUGAUCACCCAACCCGGAAGUGCUCGGAUGGCGCGUGACGCAGCUACGAUGCUGCUUGUCUCCCGGCUCUACUUUGAGAUAGGUUCUCUUCCCCAUGACACUGCGACACCAUUUUGGUGUCGCGGGACCUUGCGCUGCAGGGGUAUGGCACGUGAUAUUACGAAUGCCCUUGAUAACCUGUACCCCGGCCAAUUAGACCUUUUCUCGGAUGCUGGGCUAAUUGGCUCUUUUGUGGGUACAGGAGGCAUCUGCUCUAGCUGUAGACAUUUCAAUCACCCAGUAUCUUUUCUUGCCCGGCAUAUCGACCACGCGGUAGAUCUCUACCUGCAAAGCAGCACAAAAAGCCGAUGGAGGGUGGGCGGCUUCCCCACCACUGUCUCUACUCUUUCAUUUCGCCAGAAGCUUGAUGCACCCUUUGGACGAGAUGAUCACCAUCUUCCCAAAAGAGUUUCUUGCAGCAUCUGUGACGUAGGUGGCAGUUCAGGGCUCAAUCGACGCCGGAAACGAGAAUCGGUCAUGUCGAAGUGGGGGGGAGCCGAAAAGGCCGCGUGUUGA